AGGCGUGAGCUAACUGUAAACUCACUGAGGAUUAAAGUCCUGGACACCAGCCUGUCUGGCAUUGUAUUGCCAUUAUAAGAAGAUGGAAACCUGCUCCAUUUGAUGAUCUGUACCCUCGGUCGGGUUGUGAACAUGUCGGGUCCAUGAAGGGAAGUGUUUUCCAGAGCAGCUCCAGAGGAUCAUGAAGCAGGUCUGAGCUCAGCAGCUCUCAGCUGAAGUCAUGUUUGCUGAUUUUGUUCCAGUCCUGCUCUUUCUUCUAUAUGCUGGUCACCCUCAGCUGACUCCAGGGAUAAACAGAAAUGAUGGAGUCAACAAAGCUGAGUGGAAAACUCAGGAUGGUGCAGAAACAAGUCUAAUUGGGAGAGAAAAAGGCAAAGCAAACGCUGAGAGUGACCACAGCUCUGGCCCUGGCGUGGAGAGUGUGAUGGGUCUUUGGAGCUCAGAAGAAGGCAUCACAGGAAGUCCUUCAGCUAAGAAAUUAAGCAGGGAUCAGCAAGUUCAACGGCUUUCCAUUGGAGUAAAUAAUAUGCUGUCUGACACAGACAGUGUUGAGAUGACUCUCUCAGAUCCUAUAAACUCCACAGAAACAAACCUAUCAUUGAAUGAAUCCCACUUUAAUUCCACUCCUUCCCUCAUCGCUCACCCCACUGCAGAAUCAGAGCUUUUUGUUUCCAGCACGCACCCAUCACCUGAGGGAGGAGGAGAUUUCAAAGAAGCAUCAUCAACGGUGAAAACGUCUCCCCUUUCAGAAGCUGUUACUCCAACUCUUGAGCACUUUGAACAGGAAGAACAAGAAGAGGAAACUCUGAAAAAUUCAACUCCAAACCUGAACACUUCAACACCCUCAUCACAGAGCAGAGAAGUGCAGAACGACUGUGAUUUGGACUCAGAAAUCAAAAAUGUCUCGUCUUGUGAAGCACAGGACGGAGACAAAAUGACAGAAGCUAAAGCAAAGCUAAGGGCCUUUCCAGACCAAGAACAAGAGGGUGGAGUGGAGAAAGAGGAAAUCGAGUCAGAUUUAGAGCUGGAAGGAGAAGUGCACAGACACACAGAGAUGGAUGGAGGAACAUAUCAGUCCUCAUCAGAUUUAAUGUCUCAGUUCAACACUGAAGAUUUCCUCAUCCAGUCCCAGACUGAAGCUGAUAAAUCAACUGAUCAGCCUCAGAUUAACACAGUCACACAACCUGAGACACAACUGAAGCAUGGCAUCAGAGGUCCAAGUGGACUGCAGGGUUUACCAGGACUUCCAGGACCACCAGGACCACCAGGACCAUCAGGACUUAAAGGAGAUAAAGGCUAUCAGGGUGUGAUGGGCAGGACCGGGCAGACAGGAUACAGAGGCCCUGAUGGACCUCCUGGGAUGUCGGUCAUUGUUGUAUUCAAAACCUCUGAAGAAGAGUGGGAGGACUUCAAGAAAAAGAAAAUCUAUAAAAAGCUUGUGUCAUCCUGGCCGAAACGUAGAGGACCUCCUGGGCCUUUGGGUCUUCCUGGAGAAACUGGACCGAUUGGACCACCUGGAAUCACUGGAAAACAAGGACCAAAAGGAGUUCAAGGGAAAUUUGGCAGACCUGGACUACAAGGAUUGCUGGGUCAUCAGGGUCCACCUGGAAAAGAUGGAACUCCAGGACAAGAUGCUGAACCAGGACCUCCAGGCAUCCCUGGCGAACAGGGUCCUAAAGGCUACAGAGGAGAGCGAGGCAUCAAAGGGGAGCUGGGUGAGUGGGGUUAUUGGGGAGAAGUUGGAGCACAGGGAGAAAGAGGACGAAAAGGAGAUAAGGGAAACAAAGGAGUCCGAGGCUUCGAUGGGGUCCCUGGCUACAUAGGACUGCCUGGAGUCAGGGGUCCCCGAGGUUUCCCAGGAUCAUCAGGACCUCUGGGAGAGAUUGGAGCGCCUGGCUUCGGUGGUCCACCAGGCCCCAUUGGUAAAAUGGGCCCCAAAGGGCUUAAAGGAUUCCUAGGAGUUAAAGGCCCUCCAGGCCAUCAAGGGGAAAUGGGCUCUAGAGGAGCAGCUGGACCACAGGGAGAACCUGGUCCGGGUGGAGCAGUCGGUGUUCCUGGUGUCCGUGGCCCCCAGGGAAAUCCUGGACCUAAUGGGCCUCCAGGUCCGAAAGGUGAUCCUGGUGAUCCAGGAGAUGAGGGUGAAAUUGGUGAACUUGGACCUCCAGGACUAAAUGGUGCCAAUGGACAAACAGGAAAGCCAGGACCCUCAGGUGAUCCUGGGCUUCAAGCCAGGCGAGGUGAGAAGGGAAGUCUGGGGUUUAAAGGAGAUCUGGGACCUCCAGGGCCUCCAGGAAGACAAGGAUUUAAAGGGCGUUCAGGCCCAAUGGGUCUACAUGGACUGGGAGGACCUACAGGGCCAAUGGGACUUCCUGGAUCUUUUGGGUCUGAUGGUGUGAUGGGGGAGCAGGGCAGGCAGGGAAGAGAAGGACACAAGGGGAAUCGAGGACCAGCUGGUGUUCAAGGAAGUCCUGGGUCUCGAGGUGACAAGGGUAGAAAAGGUCAAGUUGGAUUUUCUGGACUUCCUGGUCCCAUUGGAGAAAUGGGGAAAUCAGGAGAACGAGGACCUGAAGGAGAGCCUGGUAUUAAGGGAAUGAAUGGCGCUCCAGGGGGACCAGGAACAAAAGGCAUGAAGGGUUUUCAAGGUCAUUUAGGCAACCAAGGACAGAACGGCACUCACGGAUCACAGGGUCUGGUUGGUGCAAAUGGAAUGGCUGGAGAAAACGGACCGUCAGGACCGAAAGGAUUUCCUGGGAAAACUGGGUUUUCUGGCAUCCAGGGGCCUGUAGGGAAGAGUGGAGAUCCUGGAAAUAGUGGACUGAAGGGUAAACCAGGAAAAGCAGGGGACAGAGGGUUUGAAGGUAAACAAGGAUCCUGUGGACUCGGAGGCAGUGAGGGAUUAAAGGGCAAAAGAGGUGAGGAAGGACCAAGAGGAAAUCAAGGCCCUCCAGGUGAAACAGGAGCCCCUGGACCGAAAGGAUACAGAGGACCUCCUGGUAUCCAGGGUAACAUCGGACCUUGGGGUGAGAUUGGACCACGUGGUCCUAAAGGAGACAAAGGACUGCAAGGUUCAGCUGGGCCCCAUGGAGCCACAGGUUAUCCUGGUAAAGAUGGAGCUCCAGGACCAACUGGAUCAGCUGGUCUUAAAGGCGACAAGGGAUCCACAGGAGCUACGGGGCAGGAGGGAGCUGCUGGUCUCGAUGGUGAGGAGGGUCAAAUUGGACUACGAGGGCUUGAAGGGCCAACGGGCCUAAAAGCCACACCUGGCAAUAACGGAAACGUUGGCCUUUCUGGGCAGAAAGGACUUAAAGGAGAUGAAGGCGACACGGGGAGUCAUGGGUCACAAGGCCCCAAGGGGCCCCCAGGGAAACAGGGGGACUGGGGACCCCCAGGAGAGAGAGGAGAACAAGGGCCUCCAGGGUUAAAGGGUGAGUCUGGCCUCAGAGGUUUAUCAGGCCAGCCUGGACAGUUUGGACCUGGAGGUGACACUGGGCCAGGAGCAGCCAAAGGCCCGAAGGGCCAUCGAGGAAACAAAGGGCCUCCUGGUGGCACCGGCCCUCCUGGACAAACUGGACAAUCACUGCCUGGUUUUCCGGGUCUGAAAGGCAAUGAGGGCAAACCAGGAAACCCUGGACCAAAGGGCCGUCAUGGUGAGAAAGGCCUGACUGGUCCUUCAGGCAUUAAAGGAAACAUGGGUGUACAAGGACAAAAAGGGGCAAAAGGGGAAACUGGGACACAAGGCAAACUGGGCUCAGUGGGAAAGGUGGGGUUCACUGGGCCUCCAGGUGCUAAAGGUCCACUCGGACCUGCUGGUCCUCCUGGUUUUCCAGGAACCAAAGGAAUUCAAGGACCAAAGGGGGAUAAAGGCCAACCUGGAGGGAAAGGAAUCAAAGGAACUACUGGAAGAAAUGGAGCUCAAGGCCAGAAAGGGAGACCAGGACCUCCUGGACUACCUGGAAAUCCUGGCUUGAGUGGCUUGGAUGGUUUGCUGGGCGUUCAGGGAAAUGAAGGUGACCCGGGUGAUGUUGGUUUCGUAGGAGCUCCUGGAACACCUGGUCAAUUUGGCCUGACGGGAAAACCUGGGCUUCCUGGAACACAAGGAAACACGGGAGCAGCAGGAUUCAAGGGGGAAAUAGGACCUAAAGGAGCACAUGGGCCUCCAGGACCAACAGGGCCAAAAGGUACUCCUGGACCGAGGGGAACAAAAGGUGAAUCUGGAAGUGCUGGCAUUCAGGGUCUCACAGGUGACACUGGAAUACAAGGACCAACCGGUCCACCGGGGUUAAAGGGAAAUCAUGGUUUGCAGGGACUAAAAGGCCAAAUGGGAGCUAAAGGAAAGCAAGGGGUCUCUGGUCCUCCUGGUUUACCUGGACAAAAAGGCCCCCCUGGAUCCUCUGGUCGAUUUGGAAAGAAGGGGAUAAAAGGUGUCCAAGGUGUAAGAGGACCUAAAGGACAUAAAGGCAAACGUGGUCCUCCAGGAGAACCAGGACCACCUGGAACAACCAGAACCACACAGAAAGGGUCAAAGUCCGAACCAAAAACAGGUCUGAGAAACGAGAAGAGGCGAAAAACCAGAACCAGAGCAAGACGAAGGCUGCAAACCGUACAGAGCUCAGAGCAAACCUCCGUCUUCCUGAAACAGACGGAACAACAAGAAAAACAGAACUGGCCUGAAAGUGACGAGGCAGAAUCCUUCAGCUCCCCCUCAGGAACCAAAGAUGACCCAGGAACCACCUGCCAUGAACUGAAACUCACACAUCCACAUCUGAGCGAUGGUUACUUUUAUGUGGAUCCUAAUCAAGGCUGCCCCUGUGAUGCUGUGAAAGUCUUCUGCAACUUCACGGGAGGAGGAACAACCUGCAUACAUCCUCAGCAGUCACAGAUUACAUUAAGGUGGGAACCAAACAGGAUGAAAUCAAAGAUGUCAGCGCAGUGGUUUUCUCAGCAACAUGGUGGCCACAAGUUUGAGUAUGCCAGCGAGGACGUUGUGCAGCUGAGGUUGAUGCAGUUUCACAGCCAUACGUCCUUCCAGACCUUUACUCUCACCGCUGCCGCAAACCAGUCCAGUUCUGUUUCCGCAGCAGAGCUAUCCAGCUGGAUUCCUCGCUUACUGGGAGACUCUGGCAGAGAAAUUGAUUCACGUCUCGUUACAGUUUCCAGAAAAACCUUUGAGGUGCUUGUGGAUGUGAAGGUGUGUGGCAGCACAGAGUUGCAUCGGGGCGACAUGAAGUUACUUCCUGUCAGAGAUCUGGGAUUAGAAAUAAACAGCUCACUUGACUUUUUCUCUGAGAUCACAGUGGCUUUGGGACCCCUCUGCUUCUUGUGAGCAACAAAUUGUGUGCACAAAUACUCCUACAUUUACUUUGUCAUUUUGCUUGCAUUUUGUGUGCAAUAUGUCUGUAUAUAAUUUAUACAAAAAUAACAUUUUGUUAUUGUUAAUGCAUUUUUUAAGUGUGCUUAUGUGAUGUUUAUGUGUGUGUUUUUAUUUUAAAUACAUUUUAUUUUGUGCAUGUUAUGCAUUUUCAGAUAUUGGCUCAAUUCAUUUUGAUUCCUUAGAGUUUUCGUAAUAAAAACGUUCUCCCUUAACUUUUAUUUUUUUAUAGAGCCUUUUGUUUUAUUUACUUUUAAAAAGUGAUACAGUGAUAGGUGACUCCAUUUUACAAUACACAUAGGCAGACAUAUUCCAGCUUUAAUGUCUUAGUGAUGUUUGAGAAAUCUGAAAUGUUAAUUUUGGUUAAUUUAUUGUCUGUAUUGAACAUACUAGCUAGUAUAUGAUUAGAAAACCUGUUUACUGAUCAUAAACUGAAAGAAAGCCUAACGUAAUAUAAAUAAAAGGAAAUACAUACCAACAGCA